GAGGACUGCUGUCAGAACUGGGCCUGGACCUGGUUCUGUGGUCUCCCACAGAGCAGGGACUCCAACAACAGCUAGACCUCCUGGAGGACUACAGACAGUAACUAGUAGCUAUAGCAGUGAGGGUCUAGCUGGUCGAGGGUCUGGGGGGUUCUGGACUCUGGGGGAUCUGGACUGAUGAAGGUAAAGGAAGUGGCUAAAUGUGCUAAAAGCAGCAUGAAGAACAGCAGCAGUGGGGGGGGCAAAGAUGCUGCUGCUGAGAACCCAGACAAGUCCCAGCAGCAGCAGAGCAGCAGUAACAGCACGCCUCCUCCCACUCAGCUCAACAAGAUCAAGUACUCUGGAGGUCCUCAGCUGGUGAAGAAGGAGCGCCGCCACAGCUCCUCCCGAUUCAGUCUCACCAAGAACCGGGAGCUGCAGAAGUUACCUGCACUCAAAGACUCCCCCCUGGUGGAGCAGGAGGAGCUGUUUCUCCAGAAACUCCGUCAGUGCUGCGUCCUGUUUGACUUCGUCAGCGAUCCGCUCAGCGACCUGAAGUACAAAGAGGUGAAGCGAGCCGGACUCAACGAGAUGGUGGAGUACAUCAGCCACAACAGUGAGGUGGUGACGGAGAGCAUCUACCCCGAGGCUGUGCUCAUGUUUUCAGUGAACUUGUUCCGGACUCUUCCUCCGUCCUCCAACCCGACUGGAGCAGAGUUUGACCCUGAAGAGGACGAGCCCACGCUGGAGGCUGCCUGGCCUCACUUGCAGCUCGUCUACGAGUUCUUCCUUCGCUUCCUGGAAUCUGUGGACUUCCAGCCAAACGUGGCCAAGAAACACAUCGACCAGAAGUUUGUGAUGUCGCUGCUGGAGCUGUUUGACAGCGAGGAUCCCAGAGAGAGAGACUUCCUUAAGACCAUCCUCCACCGCAUCUACGGCAAGUUCCUGGGCCUCCGAGCCUACAUCCGCCGCCAGAUCAACAACAUCUUUUACAGAUUCAUCUACGAGACAGAACAUCACAACGGCAUCGCUGAGCUGCUGGAGAUCCUGGGGAGCAUCAUCAACGGCUUCGCUCUGCCGCUGAAAGAAGAACACAAGAUGUUUCUGAUCAGAGUUCUGCUGCCGCUUCAUAAGGUCAAGUCCCUCAGCGUCUACCACCCACAGCUGGCCUACUGUGCCGUCCAGUUCCUGGAGAAAGACAGCAGUCUGACGGAGCCGGUGAUCAUGGGUCUGCUGAAGUUCUGGCCCAAGACUCACAGUCCCAAGGAGGUGAUGUUCCUGAACGAGCUGGAGGAGAUCCUGGACGUCAUCGAACCCUCGGAGUUCGUCAAAGUCCAGGAGCCGCUUUUCAGACAGCUGGCCAAGUGUGUGUCCAGUCCGCACUUCCAGGUGGCAGAGCGGGCUCUGUAUUACUGGAACAACGAGUACAUCAUGAGUCUGAUCAGUGACAACGCUGCUAAGAUCCUCCCCAUCAUGUUCCCGGCCCUGUACAAGAACUCCAAGAGCCACUGGAACAAGACCAUCCACGGCCUGAUCUACAACGCCCUGAAGCUCUUCAUGGAGAUGAACCAGAAGCUGUUUGAUGACUGCACGCAGCACUACAAGGCCGAGAAGCAGAAAGAGAAACACAAGCUCAAGCAGCGAGAGGAGAGCUGGCUCAAGAUCCAGGACCUGGCCAAGCAGAACCCCCAGAGCAAUAGGCUCCACUCUCUCCGCCCAGGACUCCACCCACAGGAAGAGUACAUGUUGUACUCGAUGGAAACAGAGACUCCAACAGCUGAAGACAUCCAGCUGCUCAAGAAGACUGUGGAGAGUGAAGCCUCACAGGGUCUGAAGGACCUGAAGAAGGACAAGGUCCUGAUGAGGAGGAAGUCUGAGCUCCCUCAGGACGUCUACACCAUCAAAGCUCUGGAGGCUCACAAAAGGGCAGAGGAGUACCUGACAGCCAAUCAGGAGGCCCUCUGACCGGGGGGAGGCGGUCCCUUCUGAGCCAGACAUUCUGAUUGGAGGAGGCUGAAGCUGGCUAAGGUCCGUCUAGAAAAAACACCUCUGACCUCUGGUGGCCUCUAACAAGUAGGACACUGUAGACGUCUGUCCCGCCUCCCGUCACGUGACGAUGACAUCACCUCCAACACCUGCAUCUGUCUUCAUCCAGGUGGCCUGAACGCAGCCGACCGAAGGUCCCUGAACGCAUCACCAACGGGCCUUUUCCACGACCGAAACGCAGCGAGCGGUGAAGGAGUCACAAAGUUUAAAGUCUAAACGAGGCGUUCUGUCCGUGGUGAAGUUCACAAACCUGAACCAAAACCCAAUCCACAUCACUUACUACAAGUCUUUAUUUAUUAUUUUGUCCCACACUGAACACAAUAUCUGAUUUGUCACUUUAAAUACUGGUCGAUCAGGGUAACGUUCAGGUAGCGUCGGUAUUUAUACACUAUUGUAUUUUAAUAACAAUAAAAAAUUACUUCUGUUUGUUUUCUGCUUCAGGAAGAACCGCAAAACACGUUUAAAAGCUGCAUUUAAGCAAAGAAGAUGAAUAUUUACUCCAGAGCGGUUGGUCGUAACGUUCCUGCUGUAGGAAAGAGCAUGUCUGUCCUGUGACACCUGAACGUAGCACAGAGUUCACGAACUCUCAGCAGCUUCAGUCACAGAGCUCCGCCCCCUCCAACUGAUCCGACCAAUCACCUGUCAGCACGGAUCUGUGACGGACUCGAUGUCGUUGGUGACGAGGAGACCCAGUGAAUGUAGACGUCCAAUCAGCGUCCAUCAUUUCUGUUUUAUUUGAACGUUAGUCGUGACAACCAAUGAGAGAAGCUCGAUUGAGUAGCAUCGGGUCAAAGGUCAAACCGUGACACGGUUAGGGGUUAUGGGGAAAAGAUGAAACGAAGAAAAGUGUUUACAGACAAAACCUCAUGCAAAUUUAAAGAAGUUUAGAAGUUUGUUACAGUUAUGACCCCAAAUAUCAUCAGACAUGACAGAACAAAAGUAAACUCAUGGCCACGCCCCCUGAGGCCACACCCCUCGCAGUGGCUUGCUGGGUAAUGAUCCCAGCUCGCUCUGACGUCACUCACACAUGGUCAACCGGCCCAGUGCAUGAUGGGAAACGAGAGCUGAUUGGCUCUCAGAUUUUAUGUAUAGUUGUAAUACUUAACGCAGAUUGUUGAGUCGGUUUAAUCCAAAGACCGUUCUUGUGUGGUUAAUAAUAAUAAAGCUUAUUUAUAUCAAAA